CGCUGAUUCAUGGGUCAUUUACUUCUAAAAAUUUAGGUGUCGUGAAUGUCACUGCAGUUUUCGGGACUAAAAUUCACUAAAAUUUUGAGGAAUAGAAGGUAGACAUGUCGUUUGGUGAAUACAGCUCAAAAUGGUCAGCAGGAGGAAAAGGAAAUGAGUAUCAACGACUAUGUGACUGCAUAAGCAAAAAUAUACAACAAAUUAAUAGUAAUGUUACCAAAAUUCAACAAUUGGUGGACAAGAUUGGAACAUCAGAAAAUGUUAACAUAAAACUUGAAACCACUGAAAAGGAAACACAAAGACUUGUCAAAGACACAAACUCCUAUCUUAAGCAGCUGGUUCAUUUGGGGGGAGAGGACACUACUGAAAAGCAAAGAAGGAAAUUACAGAGAGAAAGACUUACUGACAACUUUUCAUCUGCCCUUAACAAUUACCAGAAGGUCCAAAGAGUUGCAGCUGAAAAGGAAAGAGAUUAUGUAUCAAGAGCCAGAGCUGCAUCAAUGGGAAUGGGUUCAGGUCAAACAGGUGGUUAUAAUGCUGAUCCCAGCCUUGUUGACUUUGACAGAACUAGUGGUGGUGGCAGUGCUUCAGGGGGAGGCCUGCAGAUCCAAUCUGAGGAAGAAUUGUCUAUUGAGAUGAUAGAGGAACGAGAAAGAGCCAUUAGACAACUUGAGGCUGAUAUUGUUGGAGUCAAUGAAAUCUUUAGAGAUUUGGCAAAUAUGGUGCAUGAACAGGGAGAUGUUAUUGACAGCAUAGAGGCCAAUGUUGAGAGUGCUGCAGUCCAUGUUGAAACUGCCAAUGUACAGCUAGAAAAGGCUAGAGAUUAUCAGAAAGCAUCAAGGAAGAAGUUGUGUUGCAUCUUAAUUAUCCUUGUGGUUGUUGCUGGUGCAAUUGGUCUCGUCGUGUACCUUGUCGUCAGACCAAAAAACAAGUCCUAAAUGAGGCAGACAACUUCAUUGGCAAUACGUUGUUUCACAAAACGACAAAAUAAGAUUUUUUACUUAAUGUACAAUACUACAACAUACAAAUCCUCAUUGGUAUACUUUGCAUGAUAUUGUAUAGCAAUAAUAAUUAGAACAUAGGUAAAUCGCAGGUCAAUGAAAUACUGGAUUUUUUAGGCCUUUUUAGGCAACUUCUUGAUUUUGACAAUUUGAAUUKGCAAGCUAUUCUUGUCAAACAAAAGUGUACAGGCAAAUGCACAAAGGAGAGAAUAAAUUGCACAUUCAAAAUACGGUCAUUUAAAAAAAAUUCUGGCAGCAAACAUAUAUCAUUUAUUUAUAUGUUUUUUCCCCUUUUUUUCGUUUUUUAUUACUUUUUUUAUCUAUUUAUUUAUUUUAUUUUUAAAUAAAGAAUAAGAUUGCAUAUUUUUGGUUWUUCAAACAUAUUUCCAAUCUACUAACAAUAAAUGAAAUGUUUAACUUUGGACUAUUAGCCACUU